CAGGUGUCUUCUGAGCUAAUCUCUGUUCCCAAAUGGUUGCCUAUGGCUGCCAUGCACCCUGUGGACUAUUAUUCCACUGUCACCAAAAACUGCAGUGGUGUUUUCACUGAGGAGGAGGUCAUCAGCAUUCGGGCUUUCUAUUAUGCCAUGUGUGCUGAAGCAGACGCCAUGCUGGGUCAGGUGAUUUCAGCUCUGAGAAGAGACUGGCCUGCUCAGCAACACAGUGUGAUCUUUACGGCUGACCACGGAGAGCUUGCCAUGGAGCACCGGCAGUUCUAUAAGAUGUCGAUGUUUGAAGGCAGUUCUGUUCCCCUGCUCAUCAUGGGGCCUGGACUUAUGUCUGGUCUGCAGGUCAACCAACUUGUUUCUUUGGUUGAUCUCUAUCCCACUGUGCUGGACAUUGCUGAUAUUUCACAAGUGGGUAGUCUGAGUGGCCUCCUCCUUCCUCUAAUGUCUAAGUCCAGUGUUUUUUCCAAGAAGCAGCAUCCAGACUGGGUACUGAGUGAAUAUCACGGUUGUAAUGUCAAUGCUUCUACAUACAUGCUGAGAAGGGAACGGUGGAAAUACAUCACCUAUGCAGACGGCCUGAGUGUCUCCCCUCAACUUUUUGACCUUAGACUGGACAAGGAUGAACUUCACAAUGUGGUUCAUAAAUUCCCAGAUGUGCAGGCACACCUGGACAAGCUAUUGCGUAGCAUUGUAGACUAUCCAAACGUCUCUACAGCUGUCCAUGUCUACAAUAAAAAAGCAUUUGGUGCGUGGCGCAGAAGUUUGGGGAAGAACUACGGCCAUGUCAUUGCUAACCUGAGGUGGCAUGUGGAUUGGCACGAUGUGAUAGCCAAUGAGAGAGCUGUUGACGAGUGGCUCUAUGGCUCUUUUUAAUAAUUUUAUAAUAUAUUGAUGGCUAACUUUGGGAUGUUUAUUAUAGCGAGCUGGAAUCGCACUUUGAUUGAAUGUGGAUUUUGACUUUUACUCACAGAUCUUUGGCAGUAGAGAGUCAUUGAUGGGCUCUAUGGCUUCCGUUAUAUUUUUUGUAAGAGUACUGCUAAGAUGGGACACCAGGCAAGUUUAGACAGUUCAAAUUUUCACUGAGUGUCUUUUUAAGGAAUAAAUAAAAAAUAACCCCAAACAGUAUUGUUACAGCGUUGUUGUGAGGGCAAUUGGAUGGGAAAAAAGAACUUCGCAUGGUAUGAUCAUAAUGGUCAUUAAAUGUUCAUUAAGUGGGCAUGACAUUAUGUGAAGUGACAUUUGAUUACAGAAUCACAGUGAUAAGUGAAAUGA